UCGCUGGCGGAGGCAGAAGGUUCUAGUCGGAAGGUUUCAGAGAAAUCUACAAAGGUACCGUUAGCCAUACGAGAAAAUUCGGGAAACCUCUUCGUUGGAGCCUCUAAAGCAGAGUGAUGGCGGGAGACGACGGUUGGAGGAAGGUCAGACUUUUGUGUCCCUCUUUAUCGAAGAUUAUUGACUGGGUUGCUUGGAACGAUCAGAAACUGGACUUUAGGUCCAUAGCCGCAGCGUUUGGGCUCGAACCGUCGACGGUGAAGCUCAAUGGUCACUUCAUAAGCAGAGAUAUUGAUCUAAUGGCUUCUUCCGUGACGUGGCAGUCUUUGCUCGCUUUCUUCUCAGCUAAAGGCUUGUCUACUGGAAAAGACGACGCCGAUGCUCUCCUCGUCGACGGCAAGCUCUCUAAAGUCGGUACCAAAAGAGCGUACUCUGAUCCUCAAGAGGACUUAACCUGCAACGAUCUUGGUUUAAACAGAAACAAGAAGUUGAAAGAAUAUACGUGUUCAGUUGGUGAACCUCUGGUCUCUAGAUGCAACAAGAGAAAGCUAUUGUGUGAAGAUACGCACUCACUCAAGAAACUAAAACUCAACAUGGAUGAUGCCUUUGGUAAAAUUCCAGUAGGGUCUCUUCUUUGAUGUACUUUGGGGACUUAAAGAUGUUGCACGAAGAGAGACUGGAGUCAGCAAAACGCCAUUAAAAUGCAGUUCAUUAGUGAUGUCUGAAGAGGAUAAGAGAAGAUAGUGAUAUGGUUA